AUGCACAGACCUUUCCUGCUUUCUGGGAAAUUCCUGAUCUUUCCAGACCCUCUGGUUCUGACCGUGGCUGGUGAACUGCCCAAGUCUCCUCCUCCAGUGGGCGCCAUCCCUGACCUUAAGCUGCUGCGCCCGAUUCUCCACGAAAUCCAGUCCUUACGAGACGAACUGGUGCAAGACAGUUACGCAGAGACCAGACCACGGUUUGGGAAACUCACCAUGAUUCUUGACAUCAUGUUUUUUGUCUUGUACUUCUUGACCGUUGUAGUUUUCAUUACCUACUUCUACUUGCACUGGGCCAAACGAUACUUUGAGGACUUCUAA